AUUUCGGAAUUGACUUCGAUCGGGAUUACUUGUUGUUAUUAUUAUUACCUUAUUUCAUUUUUGUUUUUGUUGCAAAUCAAGUGUUCCGUAAGGAUUUUUAGUGUGCUCUGUGAUUUGAUUUGAUAAACGUAAACAAUGGCCACAAGCACUGCCCAACCAGUGAGUUACGACUCCUUAAGUCCUGCCCUAAAGAGAGUCGCCCUCGAAGAGUUAAGGGAAGAUGAAGACAUGAGGGAGCAGGCUCUGGAGCAAUUCAGAGACUGGAUCAACAAACAUCCUCAUAUCAAAAAAUGCAGAACUGAUGAUUUGUUCCUGUUGAGAUUCUUGCGCACCAAAAAGUUCUCCGUGCCCCAAAGUUGUGAGAUGUUGGAACGCUAUUUGAGUGUACGUCAAUUGCACCCUGACUGGUUCCAGAAUUUAGACAUCGAUGAUCCAGCUUUGGAUGAUAUUAUUACUUCUGGUUACAUUGUUCCUUUACCACAAAGGGACAGACAUGGAAGGCAGAUUAUACUUUCUAGAGCAGGUCAUUUCGACCCUUACAAGUACACUUCAGCACAGAUGGCACGUGCACACAGUUUAGUGUGCGAAGCUUUAUUGGACGAAGAACAAAGCCAGGUUGCUGGAUAUUCUUAUAUCAAUGACGAAGAUGGUUUGCAAAUGGGACACCUCAGUUUGUGGAGCCUUUCUGAUAUCAGGAGUCUUCUGAGAGCCAUUCAGAACUCUACUCCAAUGAGACACAAGGAGACUCAUUUCGUGAACGUUCCUCAAUACGCCAACAAAAUUUUGGAGUUUGCUUUGGGACUGCUCAGUGAUAAACUCAAAAACAGAGUUAUGAUGCAUAAAGAGCAAGAUGCCCUGAAAGAGCAAUUUGACCCAUCCAUCCUGCCCAAAGAGUACGGUGGUGUUGUACCAUUAUCCGAAAUGAUCGAGCAGUUCAAACAGAAAGCCAGAGCCCGAAGAGACAGAAUUUUGGCUCUCGAUGAAAUGCAAAUCGAUUUAGAGGCUAUGAAUAUCACCAAAGAGACUCAUGAGGACGACUUGGGUACCGGAGUUGCUGGAAGUUUUAGGAAAUUGCAAGUCGAUUGAGGGAAGGAACUAGGAAAAGUAAUAUCAUAAACUGAAGGUUUAUAUAUAUUUUCUCUUAUUGAUUUUUGCACGUGUGAUUGAGUUAAAGGUACAAGGAUGCUUAUUAAUAAUACAUACAGUAGAGACUCGAAUAACUGGACUAAUUGUUAUCGAUAGGCAUUCGGAUAAUCGAAUGUAUGAAGAAUAAUGUUAUGUAUUUGGAGGUUUAUUAGGAAUUUAAAACCACCUUAUGUAUGUACAUAUAUAUAUUUUUAAAUUACAAUCAUAAUCUAAACUGCAGCCUUAAUCAUGCAAAAAUUCGAAUUGUAGGUAUGUACAUACAUAUAAAUUGGUCGUGGUUGGGAGUCCAAGGUUUUACUGAAUUUAAUUUUUAAUAAGCACCCUUUGUCAAAGUUUUUUUUAAUGAGGAAUCUAUAUAUAAAUAUCAUAUUUAAAUUAUUUUUUCAACCAAUUGACAGAAAGAAAAUCGGUAUAGUUUAUUACACCGAUAAUAUUCUAUUCGAUUCUGUUUUGAAUU